GUAAAUGUGUUUUCGCAGCCAGUGACCUUACAGUAUCCCAGCUUGGACAGGUCUUCUGAUAGAGAAACCAUGAGACAUUUCCUUACUCCACAUGUGGCCUAACAAGUGCUGUGUUGAGUUGCCUGAAAGAGACCAUGUCUGCAUAUUGGCAUUAUACACAAUGCUAAUGGCACGUCCACUGACAGCUGUUCUACACUCUGGGAACAAUAUACUAAAGACCAAUGGUAUUCAGAGACUUCAGACAUGUGUGAUUUCCAAAAGAUACAAAAGGCAGUCGGUCCUCCAUCAUAAAAAAAAACCACCAUCUUAUUAUGUAGGCAUACCAACUACAGAUGAAGUUAUAGAAAACUUUCCACAACACCUUAAGAUGUGGGGAAAAAAAUUACGCAAUAAUCCCUUGUCUCUCCUUUCGCCUAUUAGCCAAGAAAUCAGCCAACAAGUCCGCCAUGGUGAUCUUCGUAUUGUAUGGAAGUUUAAGGGGGAAGAUAGUCUUAAUGACUGGAUUCUGAGCACAGACAAGCAAGAAAAUCUUGGAUUUUCUGAGGCAGAACUUGUCUUAACAAAAAACAAUCAUGGACAUUUCCGAGGAACCCUUGCAACAACUAUUCAGAAUAGAGAAUUGCAAGAGAGAGCAGGAUAUUGUUCAUUAAUUAACAAGAGGAGAUGGGAAUCUUUUGGACGACGAGCCCCUUUUGAUUGGUCAGACUACACACAUCUUGUUAUCCGUUGCCGUGGCGAUGGGAGAGUGUAUGGAAUUGGGCUUGGGCGUGAUGAACAGUUUAACCUCAACUUUUAUGACAUGCACAACUUCUUCUUGUACACAAGGGGUGGUCCUUAUUGGCAGACUAUCAAGAUCCCCUUUUCUAAGUUCUUCUUCACAAAUUCUGGGAUUAUAAAUGAUGUUCAACGUCCACUAGACCUCUCAAGAGUCGCAGUGUGUUCUAUAAUAAUAGCAGAUGGUACUGCUGGACCUUUCAGCCUAGAAUUGGACUAUAUUGGAGUGUACUGUGAUAAGGAACAUAAAGAGGUACAUGCUUAUGAAAUGUACAGAACUUCAAUGGGUGACCAUAGUUAACUACUGCCAUAUUUGACUGCUGUGCAGAAAAUUGUUUUUGUAGAUUCAACCUUCAAGAAAUGGACAAAAAAGUGCACAUUUACAAAUUUGAACUGUUGAUACUUUGUAUAAGAUUAUCCAUUUUAUUUGAAAAUAUGGUGUUACUCUAGCAAGUCAGAAAAAAAGCAAAAAAAUGACACCUGCUUCCAGUUUUAUGUCGAUUUCUUGAAGAGGGGAGUCUGAGUUGUUUUCAGUGUUUUUUGGAGUGUUUAAGAAGACAUGGUCAGAAGAAAAGACAUUUACAAGGGGGUUGAACUCCCAAGACAGAAGUCUGUUAAGUUCAUUGAUUUGACUGAUUUAAGUGUGCAUUGUAAGGCUCACCAAAUCAGUGCAUAAGUAAGCUCAGCACCUUUACUUUUAAGUAAAACCUUUAAAACCACACAAUGAACUUUGACCUAUAUUGGAGAAAUUCAAUUUCCUUAGAGAUUCGAAUGUUUUCACUUCAAUAACCAAGGUAUGCUAUAUCCAUAAUUGUUUGCAGAAUUAGUUUCUGUAAACUUCUUAUCCAGUGGCUCCCAUAACGGGGACAGAAACUGAACUUUACUUUUGAUGGUAAACAUUAGUAAUUAUUACUGGAAAAUGGGUUCAUAAUUUGUCAAUUUGUUAACAUUCUUGGAUAGGAUGUAAAUUGAUGAUAAAGGGAAAGUUGCUGGAAUUCCAGGAGUCUUAUUUUUCAUUUCAUUUUUAAUUUGUGCUGAAUUAAGGUGUUAAAAGCACUUAGCAUGCUUUAAGUGUCACAAGGAUGGAGUUCUCUUGUGAACAAAAAUAUGGAAUAAAAUUCUUCAUUUCUAUUUGCACUUUUACAUUAUCAAUGUGCAUAUCAAGAACUAGACCUCAUCUUCAACCAUUGUUUUUUUUUUUGUUUUUUUUUUUUUCUGAAAAAAAAUUAAUUUCUUCAAAAAGUCAACAGGUAUGGUGAAAAAUGUUGCAGAACAUCAAGCCAACAAACUAUAUCAGCUAUACACCUAAUAUUUAUUGUGAAUCGCUGCACAUUUUGGACUGCAUUAGUAAAUAAAUAUAACCAUUCAUUCUUAAAACCUUUCCAACCGAUAUUGUCUUUGUAUUUUAAUAAACAUAAAUGAAACUUCAAUCAUAUAGAGAUAUAUUUACACACUUAAAUGGUGUGUAUGCAUCCUCUGAAUUUCACACCCAGUGUACGUAUGUCAUUGGAUUUUAAUGAUUUAUGAU